AAUGCACGUGGAGAAAAGCGCAGAGAAGAUAAACAGAGCUCAUCAUGGCGGCUGACAGUGAUCCCGAGUCGGAGGUGUUUGAGAUCACGGAUUUCACCACCGCGUCCGAGUGGGAAAGGUUUGUGUCCAGAGUUGAAGAAACGCUGAAUGACUGGAAACUGAUUGGCAGUAAUGUUGGCAAGCCCCCUGAAAAGGGAGAAUAUACCACAGGCACAUGGGAGGAGAAGUCACGCGAAAUCAACUUUGCCGAUUUCAAGUUUUCUAUCACACACCAUUACCUGAAACAGGAAUGUGCAGAGAGCGAGGGGAAAGAAGACAAUGAGGAAGAUGCCUUUCCUCUGGCCAUGCAGGACCUUCUGUGCAUGAACAAUGACUUUCCUCCAAGGGCACACUGCCUUGUCAGAUGGUAUGGCAUGCGGGAAUUUGUGGUCAUCUCUCCUGGAGCCAACUGUGAAGCAGUUAUCAGCGAGUCCAAGUGCAACCUGCUGCUCAGUUCUGUCUCGAUCGCUUUGGGAAACACUGGCUGCCAGGUGCCGCUGUUAGUACAGAUCCAGCAGAAGUGGAGGAAGAUGUACGCAGGCGAGUGCCAAGGCCCCGGGGUUCGUACCGACUUCGAGAUGGUGCAUCUGCGCAAGGUUCCCAGCCAAUACAACCACCUCUCAGGCCUGCUGGAUAUCUUCAAAGCCAAAAUAGGAUGCCUGCUGACACCACUACCACCCAUCAACAUCGCCAUCCGCUUCACCUACAUCCUCCAAGACUGGCAGCAGUACUCCUGGCCCCAGCAGCCUCCUGACUUCGACGUCCUGCUCGCUGGAGAAGUCGGAGGCGUCGAGUUCGGCAAACUUCCGUUCGGCGCUUGUGAAGAUCCGAUAAGUGAGCUCCACCUGGCGACAACCUGGCCCCAUCUGACAGAGGGCAUAGUUGUGGACAACGACGUGUAUUCUGAUCUGGAUCCACUCCAAGCUCCUCACUGGUCUGUGAGAGUGCGGAAAGCGGACAAUCCCCAAUGUUUGCUGGGCGACUUUCUCGUGGAGUUCCUCAAGGUGUGCAGCCGGAAGGAGUCCACGGACGAGAUCCUGGGAAGGAGUUCAGCCGAGGAGGAAAACAAAGAAAACAGUGACAUCACUCAAGCGCUGUCGAAGCUGACGGAGCCCACAGCGGUGCCGAUCCCCAAGCUGUCCGUCUCGAACAUGGUGCACAGCGCCCGCAAGCAUAUCCGCCGGCACCGCCGCAACGAUCAGUCGCCACUCAGUAACGACGUGCUCAAUUCUGUCCUGCUGUAUCUCUUCCCAGAUGCCGCACUGGACAAAUCGGACUCCAGCGAAGCUAAAGCGCCUCAGUCGAACCCGGGAGGAAAGAGCGAUCCAGAUAAAGAAACGGAGGACUAUAAUCUGUUUAGCGUGCUGAAGUCGGCUCCGUGGGACUGUCUGACCUACAGGCUGGCGCUGUGUGUGUGUUUGGUGAAUUUCUACCACGGCGGCGUGAGAGCUGUGGCCCACCUGUGGCAGGAGUUCGUGCUGGAGAUGCGCAAUCACUGGGAGAACAAUUACCUCAUUUACGGGUUGCCUGCUGGCCCUCCUGAUCUGCGAUGCUGCCUUCUCCACCAAAAACUCCAGAUGCUCAACUGCUGUAUCGAACACAAGAAAGCACGGGACGACCUCCGGAAAAAUGCGGCCAGUGAAAAUGGACUCCCGGUGCCUCAGGCGUCACCGGGAAAGUCCUGGGAUUCGUGGAGCGACAGCGAGGACGAGUUCUUUGAGUGCCUGAGUGAUGCAGAAGACAUGAAGGACGUACCAGCAGAUGGAGUUAAAGGAACAGGAGCUAAAAUAAAGCCUGAGGGUCGAAUGCAGCCUCAUGGCAAGCUGACCCUACUCAACUCAAACGAGCUGCUGUAUAUACCAGUCACGCAGGAGCCAGCGCCCAUGACUGAAGAUGUCCUAGAGGAACAGUCGGAGGUGUUGGCCAAAUUGGGCACAUCAGCUGAGGGUGCUCAUCUCCGUGCCCGCAUGCAGAGCGCCUGCCUGCUCUCAGACAUGGAGUCCUUCAAGGCGGCCAAUCCUGGCUGUUCCUUGGAGGAUUUCGUGCGCUGGUACUCUCCAAGGGACUACGUGGAGGAGGAAGUGAGCGAUGAGGCGGGCGGGACAGUGGUUCAAGGAUCGCUGAGUGCCAGGAUGAAGAUCCCGGGUAACAUGUGGGUGGAAGCAUGGGAGAGUGCUAAGGCCACGCCAGCACGCAGGCAGAGGCGGCUGUUUGAUGACACUAAAGAAGCCGAGAGGGUGCUACACUACCUGGCAGUGCAGAAACCUUCUGACCUCACACGACACCUGCUGCCCUGCAUCAUCCAUGCUGCUCUACUCAAAGUGAAGGAGGAAGAGGCAGUUGAGGACAUCGCCUCGGUGCGUAAAAUCAUUCCACAGGUCAGCUCUCAUGCCAGUAAGCUUCUGCGCCACCCCACUCCUGAUCUCAAGAAGCUGGAGGAUGUUAUUAACCAGAUCACAAUUCUGGAGGCCACCAUUGCCCGGGCUCGCUCUCUCAGAGCUAAGUUUGGCCUCGGGAAAGGAGAGGACACUGAGGAUCUCGAGCAGUUCGUGAGCUCUCUGUUAGAAGAGCCGGAGGUGGCCGUGAUUGGGGCGGGGCGGGGCCCGGCAGGCAGCAUCAUCCAUAAACUGUUUGUCAGCGCUCAACGGGCUGCCUUGCUGGCGCCGUUAGAGGAAGAAGCAGGCCGAGUGGGUGGGCCUGAUGAGCGCAAGCCAGCAGGAGGCGGAGUUCCAGAUUUCCCACCCCCGGCUGGACGGGAGAUCCUGCUGCGUACGUGCGUGCCGCGCCCGGCACCGUAUUCCAAAGCCCUGCCCCAACGCCUCUUCUGUGUCCUCAUGAAGGAAGAUUUCCGACUCGCUGGAGCGUUCUCAUCCGACACCUCGUUCUUCUGAGGAGAGCCGCUCGAGGAGCCCAGGUGAAAGUUAAGGACGCCAACGUUGCUGGCAUACUCCACCAGUCUGUUUUUUUUUUUUUUUGACAAAGUUGUCUUGAACUAAUGAAGAAACAAGGCCGUCGUAGAAUUAAAGCCAUGGGAUCUUUAUUGGUGGGGCGGCUUGUUUCUAGAUCACUUCCUUUGGGUAACCGCACAAGUGAAUGCCAUGAUCAUCUCUGAUCGAUGUUAAAAACCUGUUCAGAUGGGUUCUCGCACACCUCAGUAAUAUCAGCCUGUCAGCUUCCCUAUAUAUUUGCAGCAUUCACUUUCUUAAAUUAUGCUAAAGGAAAAGAUAUCGAGGCAGUCAUGUGGGGCAAAUAUUUCUUUGUUAAAAAAAAUAAUAAUAAUAAUAAAAGGCGUCUGCUGUAUGUCAUGUGCAGACUGAAGUAAGAAAGGUAAGGCAUUGUACAGAAAAGCCAAAGUGGAGAUCGGGUUUGCGGAUGUGAAUGAAUAAGAACUUAUACAUUUCUGUAUAUCAGCGUUCACAGGGACAACGUGGAUGUUAAGGAGUAACUAAGAGAAGAACUAAAGGUUCUUUUAAAAUGAUUCAACACAUGACGCCUCAGCAGACUGCGAAUUAACAUGCAUCGAUCGAUUCACUAUUUUUUUCACAAUGAUCCUCGGCGUUCCUCUCUCUCUCUCUGUAUGUGCUGUUUUAUUGGACCAGUAACAUGCUGCGAUUUGUGUUCCCGACCAGUAAAGUCAAGCAUCAGUUAACUGUUAGAAUAAGUUGAAUGAGCAAUUAUCGAUUGCAUCAAGCAGCCUUACAAAUUUCCGAAGGCUGCAUCGCCGUAUUUGCUAGGAAUUGUCAAAUCGCACAGCACAUUUUAUUAACUAAUCUUGCACCAAGUCUGUUUUAUGAAUGAGUGAAAUUAGAGAAAGUGGUGAAUGUCAAAUCAACAUGUACAUGUCAGUGUUAAAUGUAUAACACUUAGUUUAACACUGUCCUCCAGAAUGAAAUAAACUAUUUUCAUGUCCCAAAUCAA